AUGGCCAUCCAAGAAAUUGUCAAUUCAAUUCUGGGAACAAUUGUAGAGAAGUGUGUCGAUCCAAUUUGGCGUCAAUUUCAGUACUUGAUUUUCUACAAAAGCAACGUUCAAACUCUGAGCGAUGACAUCAAAAUACUUGAGCUAAAGGAAGCUGAGAUGCAACAAUUGGUACGUCAAGCAAAAGACAAUGCUGAAGAAAUUAAACCAACUGUUGUUGAUUGGCUGAAACGAGUUGAGGAUGUCAAGAAAGAUGCAUAUACUAUUUCUGAGGGUAUGGAGACUGCUAAGGUGAAUUGCUUUAAUAUUGUUAGGCUUCCGAAUUUGAAGUCACGCUAUUUGCUAGGCCGACGUGCGGCGAAAAGAAUGAGUGUUCUUGAAAAGCUUUUAGGAAAGGGGAAUUUUGAUAAAGUUGGAAGCAUUGCCCCAUUAGACAAAAUGCGUUUUAGUGUAUCAACCCCAUCCUUAGAGGAAGGCUUAGUUUCUAGGAUGUCAACAAAGAAGGAAGUGAUGGAAGCUUUAAAUCAGGAGAAAACAAGCCUAGUGGCGAUUUGUGACAUGAGGAAUGUCCAAAAUCAACUUGCUGAGCAGUUAGGGCUGACAAUAUCUGAGCAAACUAAUUGUUUAAGAGCUGAAAGAAUUAUUAUGGGAGCUGAAAUUAUUGUGGUCAAUAUGUUGCCUGAGGAAGAAGCAUGCAAGCUUUUUAAAGAGAAGGUUGAAGGGGAAUGCAAAGGUUUACCUCUUGCAAUCGUUGUUGUUGCUAGGGCAUUAAGGAGCAAUCAUACACUAGAAUCCUGGAAUCGUGCCCUUCGACAACUAAGAAAGGACAGAAUGGGAAACCUAAAAGGAGUUCAAGAUUUGGUGUUUUCACGAAUUGAAUUGAGCUAUAAUCAUUUGGAAACUGCUGAAGCUAAGUACCUACUUUUGCUUUGUAGUUUAUUUCCAGAGGAUCAUAGUAUUCCAAUCGAAGACUUGGUUAGGUAUGGACAAGGGCUACAGCUGUUCCAAGAUACGGAGACAUUGAGAGAUGCAAGAGACAAAGUAGACAUGCUGGUUGAUGAGUUAGAAAGCUCCUAUUUGUUGCUAAAUGAUGGUGAAAAAGAAGACUAUGUAAAAUUACAUGAUGUUGUGCGAGAGGUUUGCUUGUCAAUUGCAUCAAAAGCAGAGCAUGAGUUUUUAGUGAGCAAUGCUGGAGUGGGAGAAAAGAAUUCAUACACGGCAAUUUCACUAAUAUCGCAAGAUUCCAAUCAUAAUCUACUUCCAUUUUGCAAGGUAUAUCCAAGGCUUAUGCUAUUGCGUUUGGUAUUCCAAUUCGAUUGGCCAUUCGAAUUAGGGAAAUUGGACCUGCCAAAAGAUUCUUUCUUAGGAAUGCAAGCUCUCAAGGUCAUGGAUUUAAACUUCUUCCAUAUAGAAUUUGCAGUAUCAUGGCCUAGCCAAAUGUUAAGGAGUCUUCGGACACUGUGCCUGGAUAGUUGUUACUUGGGCGCUGGAAUGUCAUCAAUGCUUGGACAGAUGAUGCAAUUGGAAACUUUGAGCCUCUUUGCAUCCGAAAUUCAGGAUGAUCGGUUUCCAGCUAAAAUUACUUGGCCGAGCAAUUUAAAGUUGUUGGAUUUGCGGGUUGAAAAUAGCCUCCACCCCUUGCCUGUUGGUAUCUUGUCGAGCUUGAAGAAACUAGAAGAAUUGUAUUUGGGGUUUCAUUGUCAGUUGCAGCUAGGGAGAGAUAAAGAAGAGGAAAGAGGAUGCCUUAAAGAAAUCUCAUCAAUCUCUAACCUCACAUGUCUCCAAAUUGAUUUAUGUGACCUUAACCUCCUACUUCUACUAUUGCAGGAAUUUGAUACUCAGAAACUGUCAAGAUUUCAUAUUAUAGUAGGUAAGUAUGGAAGAAAAUCGUUAGAUCUCAGCAGAAACUACCAAUUUCAGAAUAGCUUCGAACUUUAUUUCUCUCAUGACGAACCAUUGGAUGAUUUGUCUAGCGCUGAAGCAUUGAAACAAAUGUUUGAUCCUAAAGUUACUAGCAUUAUCAAGAGAGCUGAGAAUCUCACUUUGGAUCUUUCUGGAUCAUCAUGCUUGAGAAAUAUUGUGCCUCACUUGGGUGGAAAUGGAUUUAUCUACUUGAAAAAGCUUGAUCUGAUCAAAGGACAAUAUGAAUGUCUCAUUGAUUCUGCCGCCAAUCCUAUUGCUCGACAUGUUUUUGAAAAUUUGGUGUCCAUGAAGUUAAGAGAUCUGAAGUUGAACAAAAUAUGGUAUGGAUUUCUUCCACCUUGGUGCUUCAGUCAACUCCAAGAGGUGGAACUUAAUUAUGUAAGUGCUUUGGAGUUUUUGUGGAAGGGGCCAAUCGAACCUCCAUCAUUUUGCAACCUCAAAUCUAUUGAGGUUUCACUCCCUGGCUUGAAAAUACUAGAGAUAAAUAGUCCUGGUGAUGGCCCCGAACUACUAAUAGGAGGUAAAAUGGCUAGCAAGUCUCUUGACAACUUAAAAUCUAUGCAUCUCUACCAUGGUGACUCUAUCCGAUGCAUUGCCAAAGCUGAUACUGUUUCACUGUUACAAAACUUGCAAACACUUGAGCGGUGGUGGGGUAAUAUGGAAUUCCUUAUUGACUUUGAGGGUCUAAAAGUUCCUAAUAUGCUAUCAAAAAUGGGACUUGAAAUUCUUCCCAAAUUAGAGUCACUGAACUUAUUUGCCUGUCCAAGGCUAACCCAUAUUUGGAGGAAUUUUCCUAAAGGGGUUCGAAUAUUCCAAAGUUUAAGAAGUAUACGUGUAGACUAUUGCCCUUUAAACUAUUUGUUUCAUCCUCCUAGUGUGGCUACCAUGCUCAUAAGUCUUGAGGAACUGAAAGUUCGUAGGUGCUCGAAAAUGUGUGGAGUUAUAGGUGAGGAAGAUGAAGAGGUCAGCCAAGAAGAUAAUGCUCAGCAACAUGAUGCUAGAAAACAUGGAGAAAUUGCACAGGAAAGAAUCAGCAAGGAGUUCGUGUUUCUUAAAUUAAACUCUUUGUGGUUGGAAGAUCUUGAGAAUCUUCGAAGCUUUGGUGGCAGUCACUGGGAGGAUUAUGAGUUUAAAUUUCCCCUACUCUCUAAAUUGUUCAUAAUGAGUUGCCCAAAGUUGAAGAAAUUGUGUUCCGGAAAUUUGGAUGCCUCAUUGCUUAAGGAAGUCCAAACAACGCCGAGAGCUAUAGAGAAUUUUGAAGCUCCUGUGGAUUUAAAGAUAAAGCUAAUGCUGUUCAAUCCUGUUUUCCUUGUAGUUUUGCAUAUAUUAGUUGUAGUGUACAUAUUUUUAUGA